AUGUUUCCUAGAAUUGAGCCAGAAACUGAUGUUUCUGAGAACAAAGAAGAUUCAGAAACAAAUAAUUUAAAUACAUCAGAUCACAAGGCAAUUACAUCUGGCAGUGAGAAAGAUGAAUUCAGAAUCGUGGAAGCUGGAAAAAAUUGGGUAGAUAAACAGGAAAUGAAAUUUCUCAAAGAGGCAGUGUUAAAGCUACCAAAAACCCUUAAAGAUAUGCUAGUAAAAUUAAUGGCAAAAACACGUUAG